AUGGGCUACAAAGACAAACUCGAGGGCCAGAACGUCGUCGUCGUAGGAGGAAGCACGGGGAUUGGCUACGGUGCCGCGGCGGCGCUCCUCGACGUCGGCGCCCGCGUGACCAUCAUCUCGUCGAACCCGGAGAAACUUGACGCCGCGGUCAAGCGAUUGCAAUUGACUUCUCCACAUGUCAACGUCAAGGGCGUCGUCGCCGAUGUGAGAGACGAAGUGGCAUUUACCGCGACGCUCCUGUCGUUGGCGCCCGUCGACCACGUGGUGUUUUCUGCGGUGGACAACAUCAUCAGAGGCAAGUUGGCGGAUCAGAGUCUCGAGGAUGCGAAGGACUUGUUUGGCGUCAAGUUCUGGGGCGCCGUGACUACGGGCAAAGCCCUCAUGAAACACGACAUCGUGCGCCCGGGCGGGUCGUUGACCCUGACUUCCGGCACCGCCGGGAUCCGGCCGGGCAAAGAUGCAGCCAUCGGCGGUGCUCUCAACGGCGGGGUCCUCUCCCUGACGAGAGGCCUGGCGGCGGACCUCUCUGCCAAAAAGAUCCGCGUGAAUACCGUGGUGCCGGGUCUGGUCAGGACGCCGUUGUGGGACAAACAGGGCAAAACGCCAGCGGAACAGGUCGAGAUUUUCGACGCGGCCGCGCAGAAGUUGCCCGUGGGCUUUGUCGCGGGGCCGGAACAUAUCGCUGAGGCGUAUCUGUAUGCGAUUCGCGCGGAUUAUACUACGGGCAAGUUGAUUGAGAUUGAUGGAGGCGUCCUCCUAUGA